AUGGGCGGUGCUUGCAGCUCCUUUACCACCUCUUCCAGUCCCACCAUUUACUCUACCUCAGUCACUGACAGCAAAGCUAUGCAAGUGGAGAGCUGCUCCUCAGCCAUGGGGGUAAGUAACCGAGGGGUAAGUGACAAGCAGUUAACCAAUAACACAGCCCAGCAGCAGCAACAACAGUCCACACCGAAGAGGCACACAGUCCUGUACAUCACACCACCACCGGAGGACUUGCUGGACAACAGCCGGAUGUCCUGCCAGGAUGAGGGGUGCGGAUUGGAAUCUGAGCAGAGCUGCAGUAUGUGGAUGGAGGAUUCCCCCUCCAACUUCAGUAACAUGAGCACCAGUUCCUACAAUGAUAACACUGAGGUGCCACGUAAAUCACGUAAACGAAAUCCAAAGCAGAGACCGGGGAUCAAACGGCGAGAUUGUGAAGAGUCAACCAUGGAUAUCUUUGAUGCUGACAGUGCCAAAGCGCCUCAUUAUGUCCUUUCUCAGCUCAGCACGGACAGCAAAAGCAACUCGAAAGCAGGAAAUGGGUUGGUAUCUGCCUUUAAGUUCUAUCAACAUAUGUUUAAAAAACAAGCUAAAAGCAUUACCUUAACUUUUCCCUAGUGUUCAGCUCAGGUUCACACUGAGAAAUACAGGAGAGGUGAUAAUCUGGAACUAAGUUCAAUGGUUUCUUAUGCUAAAAUGCAAGGUUUACAUAUGAAUAUAUAUUCUAGUCUGAUUUAGCAACUAUUGAACUAAUGUGUCCUGGAAUUGUUGUCUAGCUCUUCCCUGUGGAAACUGAUUAGUGAAUAGGAAGCUUUUCAAUAAUGUUAAAAAUGUAAUCCCUGAAGCUGAGAUCGGCUCCUCCAUGUCUUCCUCAACAGUACCAUACAAAGCUAUUUAUAAGGGAUCUGCACUUCGCCUACUUCUGUUUCACUCUCUCCAUCAAUUAAAGACAGCUGAUUUUGAUCUUAUUAUAUUAACACUUACUAAAAUGUUAAAAUAUGCUGAACCAAAUUUCUGUUCCAUGUCACUUCAGUUAUGUAUUUGAUUUUUCAGAAAUAAAUCUCUAAUCCUGUUUUGCUGUGUGCUUCUCGGUUGUGUGUGUGUGUGUGUGUGUGUGUGUUGCUGUUGUUGUCUGUAGUCAUGCCUGGGUGGUGGUUUCUCAUCUUUUCCACUUCACACUUUUCACUUAACUGCAUCUCAAUUUAGAAAUAGUGGCUUGGAUCCAAAGGUCCUGCUGCAUGAGCAGAAUACAGUUCCACUCAUAAGGUUGUAUGUGUCACUGUUUCUCUCCAUCUGCAACCUCAGUGUCAGUUUAAAACAAGCUACAGAAGGAUAGGGUACCUUCAGAGUAGAGAGGUGAGUGCAGUUGCCUGAAGAAUCUCUCUCUCCCUCUCUCCCUCUCCCCCCCCCUCUCUCUCUCUCUCUCUCUCUCUCUCUCUCUCUCUCUCUCACACACACACACACACACACACUGCUCAUACAGGGGAAUAUUGGGAUCCAAGUGAUUGCCCACUGGUUUCCAGUAAUGUUUAUUUUUGUAGCUCAUAAUAAAACAGUGGGCUUAUUUUAUUUUCUGUAUGUGUUUGUGGUAUGUUCACAAAGCUAUCCUUAGGUUGGUGAAUAUUGUGCAGAUAGGACACACCUUCCCAUCUGUAGGAAAAUCACCUUCAAUUUGUGUACACUUUGUUGUUCCAGUUCCAUACUUAAAAUAUAACUUUGUAAAGGUAGAUUAUAAUAAACUCUACAGAGUAUAUUUUAUGUUGCCACUGCAGCAUUGUUAUAAUUUGGUAUCCUUUGCAACAAAGCAGAGAGUUUUCCUCGGACAAAGGUGAUUAAAAACUCAGAGGACAGACAUAAAGUAAGAUGUUUUAUGCUUGUCUUGCAAAUUUCAAAAUUGGCAAGCAUUGCCAGAAUUUAUUCAAACUAAAAUAGAUACAGGGAAGGUUUUCUUAAAGUGGUGAGUUCUUCAAAGAAGUAAGUUCGGUUUCUUGAGAUUAACAGUGUAAUCCUAUGUGUGUCUACUUCGCAGUAAGCCCUAUUGGGUUUGUUUUUGGCUUACUGAUUGUGGCUUGUUGGAGUGAAACAAACCAUGCUCCCUGCUUUGGAAGCAGUGCAAAGUGAGGAGGAAUUGGUGUUUGUUUCCUUGGCCCAUAAGCAGAGAGAAGCUAAACAGGCCUUUUUAGGUGUGAUCAUGGUCAACCAUUAACCAUGGUUUACUCUGUUGCACAAGCAGGGCUGGUGACUUGCUCAAGGACUACUCAUUGAGCUCCAUGGCUAAGCAGAGGUUUAAACCUAGACAGGUUUGAACCUCAAUAUAGUUUUCUUUCAACAAGGUGGUACAUGGAAGAGUAGUGCAGCUAGCCAGUAGCAUUUAUAGUAAUAAUGAUAAUAUAACAGAAAUUAUUGUUGUUAAUUUAUUAUUAUUCAAGACACAUAUCUGGAGUCAUCCUGAAUAGCUCAGUGCAAAUGUUGCCAUCACAAAAGGCAAAGUACUACGAUGAAAACAAUUGUGUUUGACUACUAGAGGCAUGGUUCUGGUUUUCAUAAAAUACCUGUCUAACCUACUGGACUUUAUAUUAACCAGUAGCACCUAAGUAAAGUGUGUAUUCACAUUUUAGAUCCCUGGACAUUGAUGAGAAACGGGAAGAGAAGGAGUAUUUAGCAGAGUGACACUGUGAUGACCCCUUCAGCAUACAGAAUUUUGGAGAAUUCAUAGAAGGCUCUUAAAAUGCCACUGUCACUUUCUCAAGGAUGAGAAGGAGAAGUUCUAGUUGUGCAGUUGAUUUAUGAAUACUGCUUAUGAACGAGCAGAUUUAGGUAGAAAUUGUGAACACAGAUUCUUGUUUACUGUGUUAUAGGCCUGCCGUCAUGUACUUGAAACUCUCAUGAGAUUUAAAAUAUUUAUUUUAUCCAGACCUGUCCUCAAAUGCAAAAACCGAUUAAACAUCUUUUUAAAAAUAGGUUUUCGUACAGCUGCUACUUUUGCUAGACCAGGGGUAGUCAACCUUUUUAUACCUACCGCUCACUAAUGCAUCUUUCUUGAUGGUAAAAUUUCCUUACUGCCCACCAGUGCUCGAUGGAAGGAGGAUUCAGCUUGUGCCAUAGAACCCCCUACCGCUCACCUAUAAUCCUGAAAUGCCCACUAGUGGGCGGUAGGGACCAGGUUGACAAGCCCUGAGCUAGACCAUAGCUAAACAUAGAAUAUAUGCCAAGUGCCACUAAGAGAGUUUUUUCAUGCUUAGAUUCUAUUUCAUUUGUACAUAAAGUUUGUUACGUAGCAGUCUUCCACACUGUGCAUGAAGCCUGGAGAGAAGUCCCAAAAUAGGGUUGCCAGGAUACCCCGAAAGUUGUUGAGUUGUGGGUUUUUUUGGACAAACCCCAAAGUUGUUGAGCUUUUCUUUUUCACGAAAACACAAAAGAACCCACGAUUUUUUGAUUGAGGUAGAACACUUAUCAGCAUUAAACACAUUUUUUCCAGGGCCUUUUGGUAGCAGGAGCACAGUGGUGGAUGCAGGUUUUAUGCAUUCCAGACUAGUACAGCAGACAUUUCAAGCAGUAUUUUCUACGAAGCUUUACUAACAAAGCUUAAAGUACUAAAGUACUAAGUACUAAAAGAUCCGUAGUGCUGGAAAUAGCCAUGAAACUCCUGUGUUGAUUAUGGCUGUUCUUGAAUGAUUUUCCAGGCCUUUGUGGGCUGAGAUACUGAGGUCCUGAUGUAGACCUGUUCUACUUUUCACAAUGCUGUAUUGUGAGAACUGGCUUAGGGCUGCCCAUGCCCCUGGUUUGAUGUUAUAGUGCACAUGCUGGUGUUCAAGAAAGAAGACAAGUACUUUUUAGUUCACAGAGGACAAACUUAAAAUAUACGUAGGCACUCAGAUCUGCAGAGCACACAAUUCAUUCCCAUUCUCCCUAUGAGCCAGUGAGGACUUGUACAAACAGAAGCCCACAUCAGGGAUAGGGCAUGUUGAAACAGCAUUCCUAAAAAUCUUGAAGGUAGGGAUGUCCGAAAGACAGUGCCCUUUGGGGGCCUUCUUCAAAUUGGUUUCAUUUAUGGAACUGACCAUUCAAUGCAGUUUCUAAACAAUGUUGCUGGUUAGAGGCUGAGCCGUGUUGCAUGUAUUACUUCAUUAGAGCAGACUCAGCAGCUUAAAGAGAUGGUUCUAAAAGAAAUAAAUCAGACUGAUCCGUCACUAUGUAGUGUCUGUAAACUUGAACUUCCAAGGUCAGGAGCAAAGCAAGCCUUUCCUUUUACCACUGAAAUAUUUCUCUUCACCUUGGAUGCUACACAGAAUGUACAUUAGCAACAGCUAGAUGCUGUUCUGUCUAAUCUACUUCUGGAAAGGGCAGAGGCCCCUUUAUUUGUGUUGCAAAAUAGAAAAAUGUUUAAUCAGGUCAGCCCAUGAGUGGCUCCUCCUUCUAAAUCUGCAUCACAGUAAUAAAACAUUUAAUGUUUUCAGCCUGGUGAAGAUUGAUGUGCAGUGUUUUAUUAUUUAAAUAAUUGCAUUUAUGCUACAGGAAAAAAUGUAGGCACAAUCAAUCAUAGUUUAAGUGCCAUUGAUUUCACUGGGAGAGUUACUUAUGCUCUCUUUAAUUUGGUGGAAAGUUUGAAGUGCUGCUGGAUUGGGCCACUUGUAUAUAAGGGGGGAAAAACUAAUGGACAGUGAAGCAAAUGUAAUCUCAGGACACAAAUAAGUAGCAUCCAGCAGCCAUGUGGUCUGGGAUAUGGCCUGGAUGCCCAGAAUAGAAAAAAAUUUAUCACAAUCAAUAUAGUCAUUAAAGGAAUAUUGUAUUUUAAUAGUCCUAAAAUGGAUUUAUUGGCCUAACUAUAUCCAUUUCAAAAUUCAUGUUUCACUUAAAGGAUGCAGGAUUUUGCAUAUACAAUGUGAGUUCUGCUCAGCUGUAUGCAUUUAAUUACAUAGUCUAGGGAUUUACAGUGACCACUGUUCAAAAUGGUUAUAAUUAGUGACGAAAACAUGAUGAACAGUUUUAAGAUGCCUGCCAUCUCAUGCCAUCUGACUAGAUUUAUACAGGUAUUUUUGCCUAAAUAGCAGUGUGCCUUUUUCUUACAUUCUUACAUAAAACAAAGAUUAAAAGGGCUUAAGUUUCAGGCUAUAUGGUUUAGUUACUGAAUUUCUGUUGUGAGUACGGUACAUGAAACCACACACCCCCUUCUACAUUUCUUCCCAGUUUGCAGUCUUGCGUUGUGAUUUUAUAUUGGUAGAUUUAAGUAUGGCCCAGAUCUGUGUUCUUUUCUCUUCCCCCUCCCCACCCCAGUUGUGCUUGUUUUUUAAAGAAAGCCUCUGGUAACUGAAAUCACUGGUCUGCUUUAACUCUUUAGAACAUCAGAAACCCCAAAAACAACUGGAGGCAAGAAGAGUCCUAUGUUAUGUGGUCAGUACCCUGGUAAAAGUGAAGGCAAGGAGCUGAAGAUAAUGGUGCAGCCAGAGACACAGCACAGAGCUCGCUACCUAACUGAGGGCAGUCGGGGCUCGGUGAAAGACAGAACACAACAAGGAUUCCCCACCGUAAAGGUAGGCCAAUUCAAUUUUUGGGGUGGGCCAAUUCAGGAGUGUGCUGCCAUUUAUGGUAAGUGAAAAUCCAGUUCUUCACCCCCAGCCAAACCUGCCUCUGGCCAAAAGACAAACAUACUAGGUCCUCCAUGGCAUCAUGGGUUUCCCUGCAGUGACAAACUGUUGCCAGUGCCACGGUGUGUUUUUCAGUAUUGAUGUUGUCAUUCUAAGUUGUAAAUUGCACUAAUUUAGAAUCUGUGUAUAUAGUUCCAUAUUUCUCAGGGAUGUGGCUUUUGUGUUGUUUGGAGAGUAGAGGUCUGGAUGUUUCUUAGUUUAGUAAAGAGCAGCCUUUCUUGUUGAGUGGAGGAUGUGUAAAUAUAGACCAAUAGCUGCUCUCAGCAAUUAACGGUUAAAUGAAUGCACAGAGCACUGUCUGUGCGGCUGUUCAUCAGAAACUAGGCAAGCUGUGAUGUAGUGCAUCAGAAAAAGGUGUGAGGAAGCCCUCAAAGACUGUGCUAAAACUGAAUGGGGCUCUGUACCUACAAUGGCUUUCUAACUUUUAGCCUGGAGUAUGGACAGACUUUUAGGACAUCAGUGUUUAGCCCCACAGUGCACCAAGGAAUUACAAAAUGCUACUAAUCCAGCUGGUGGGGAUUUGUUUUGCUCAUGUUGCCCUUGAAUAUUUGUGGGUGUUAAACUCUUAAUAGAACAAAAAAUAGCAUGGAUUAUUUGGGGAGAGAUAUUUCAAUCACUUAACUACAUCACUUUCUGAGCAAAUAUAAAGUUUGAAAGAUGUUGUAUCUUAAUAGUGUACAGACUGAAUUGCUUUUAUAUGUUUUUGUGCAUGUACAGUUUCUGAAGAAUUUAUAAUCUAGAAGUGUUUAGGACUGUUUUGUGAUGGUGUUUCUGUAUUUUAUAACUACAUGUUUAGAAAGUCCAUUAAUUUCUAAUAGGUUUUUGAAAAUGCCACUGUUUCUGAAUGGAUACAUAAUUAAAUACAAUAAACACACUGGAAUAAAGAUGAAAGGAUUUCAGUUUGGGACUAAAUUGCAGAUUUGCUAUUUAUAAGCAAGGAUUCUGAUUCCUGCUUGAUGGUCUCAGGGAAGUAUAACUGAGAUAUUGCAUAAUUAACUGGAAUUAAAUUGGUUUAACAUAGCCUGCAACAACUGAAGAGUUGAGCUGUUAUUUUGGAAAAGAGAAGACCACUGGGUUUUAAUACUAACUAGUGUUCUGAUGUUCAAAAUACCUUUUACAUUGUAAUAUUUGCAAAUUAUUUGCAUUGUCUGUUGUAGUCUAUUAACGCUUUCCUGCCUGUUUUAUGGUUGUAGCUGGAAGGUCACAAUGAGGCUGUGACGCUGCAGGUCUUUGUGGGGAAUGACUCUGGUCGGGUGAAACCUCAUGGAUUCUAUCAGGCCUGCAGGGUUACAGGACGAAACACCACACCCUGCAAAGAAGUUGACAUAGAGGGUACCACCGUCAUUGAGGUGGGCUUGGAUCCAAACAACAACAUGACCCUGGCGUAAGUCACUGUUUUUCAUUGUACUAUUUCUGGGUCUCUCAGUGAUUCUGUAGCAGCAUAUUUCCUGCUUUGGAUUACCUGACAAUUUAAGGUCCCUUUCAGCUCUUUAUGAUUCUGUAUAUACUCAGAUCAGGCAUUUUGAAUUGCAAUAAAAGGCAGUAAAUAUGGGAACUACUUGAAUACACUUAAAUUAUUUCCUGUACAUUGGCCCCAAUCUAGAGCUCUUGGGAUUCUGGUCUGCACAAAAUGCAUGUAAGCAGACACUUUUGUGUCAGAACGCUAAUAUGUACAGCAUUUCAGUGCAUGUAACAUCUCCUACUGCUGAAGUUAAUGGGGCAGCCCCAGCUUGCCUAGAAAUCUGUGAAUGUGGAGGAGCCUUUCAUGUACCAAUACAGUGGCACCUCUGGUUACGAACUUAAUUCAUUCCAGAGGUCCAUUCUUAACCUGAAACCGUUCUUAACCUGAGGUACCACUUUAGCUAAUGGAGCCUCCUGUUGCUGCUGCGCCGGUGGUGUGCAAUUUCUGUUCUCAUCCUGAGGUAAAGUUCUUAACCCGAGGUACUAAUUCCAGGUUUGUGGAGUUUGUAACCCGAAGUGUUUGUAACCCAAGGUACCACUGUACAUCUUAAUAGUUGAAUUGGACUACUUACCAGCAUGUUGGAUGCUAAAAGAUAGGCAGUCUGCUCCCUCCUUUGCUUAGGCUGACACAUUGUAUACAGUGACAACUUUUAAGACCAUGUAUAUAAAUAUAAUGUUUAUAAAGUAUUUUAGAUACGUGGAAAUAAGAUGAAGAGAAUACAAGGCAUAUUAUUCCGAACUCUUAGAUCCUUCUUUUUAAAAACGACAACAAAUAACUGAUUGGCAAAAGUGACAUUGUAGAGACUCUUCUGGAAAAUGCAGCUCUCCCCACUUUUCAUUGUCUUGUGGGGUGUUUUUCUUUUGACAGCUGUAAGACAAGGUAGGUGGAAGGCAGGACUAAAGUAUGCCUCCCCAGUUAACACUGUGAAAGCUGCCAGUGAACCGGUGGCAAGGCUAGGUGAAUGCAUCAGCUGUGCUCUUGUCAAAAUGCUCUUAACUGGGCUGCUAUCUGAAACUAGCAGAGUUUUGUAAGAUGAAGUGCUCUCACAGUGCUGGCUCAGUAGCGGUGACUCUGCUGAUGAAAUAAACAAUGCUGUCUUUCAGUGAGCACAAAGCUCUUAUAAACUGUCUGCCAUGUGGAGCUUUGUGUGUGUGCACUAGGAAGUUUUGUAUUGCUUGUGACUUGGUCAAUCUCAGCUUCUGUAAUGGGAUCUGUAUUUUGACUCCCUCCCUAAAAUGGAUCAACCUUUUAAUUUAAAAGCUAUUGUGGUCCAUUGAUGGGAUAUAAUAGUGUACUAAGACGAGACCAGAUCAUUCCUUACCUGUUGGUCCAUGUAGCUGGUUUUGAGCUAGGCCUUAUCUGUUGAAUUGUCUGAAGUGGGAAGAACUGAGACUUAUAUUACAUGAUCCUUUUUGUGAAGACCAGUUAGUUAAAGAUUUGCCAUUUCCUGCUUUGAUCAUGGGUAGGGCUGGAUGGGGGGGGGGGCAGUAUCAAUGAAUAAACCUGCAGUUUAAACUCCAUGUUUAUUUUGACAUAGCUGCUGUGGCCCAUAGACUAGAGGCAGGUGACACAAAAUUUUUGUCCAAUUCUAUUCACAUGUCAGCGCAAAGCAUUUCCCCCCUUUUUGCUUGGGCUUUUGGCCCUUAGUUUGAAGGAUUUCUGGCCUCUUGUGGGUGGGGGGCAGGAUCUGGACCUGUCUUUUAUUUGUAUAGAUGUGAGUUUUUUUAUUGAUGUGAUUAUUUUUAUUGGUUUAGUAUUUCUGUUCAUGUUCACUUUGAGCCAUUUUAAUGAGUAAAGUGACUAAUAAAUAUUAUUAAUAAUAAUGUCAUAGUGUAGCUUGAAUUUUUUCAAGUAUCUUGUGAAGAAGAAGUACAGCAGCUUUGUACUUCCCUCUACAGCAUUUGAAAUAAAUUUUCUGCGGCCAUCUUUCUCCUUACUGGGUGGGGGAGUUGGGUGGGGAAAAUGCAGAAUGGAUAUUCUGGGAACCAGAGAGAAUAAUUUGAAUUGAAAAACUUUUUCGCUUCGUUGAUGAACUGAUUUCUUAGUUCAUUGUUUUCUCUGUUUGCUUUAUGCAAGCGAGAGAUGCAAAAGAGUCUCAGAAUAGUGACUGGUUGCUCUAGUGAUGAGUACUCAGUCAGCCAGCAUAAUUGGGUUGUCCAGAUUCAUUGCUCUUCCUUGUGUGCCACCAAAUCUGAUCUGUGAGCUACUGAUGCCUCAGCUGAAUCUGAAGUGCUACUGCCAUCUUUUGCUUUUCUGUAAAGAUGCUAUUUUCCCCUCUGGUAUAUUUGAAUACAUUAGCCAACUCUCUCUGAAUAUUUAGGAUGAAUGCAUUUUAUAACAAAUGUUAUGGGGAGGUAGCAUUUAGGUGGUUAUUUUAGUUUCUGAAAAAAGAUAUUUUGGAAGUAUUUGGCCAUAAUACAAGUUGCUUAUUUUGGCCGUUGUUGAGGAUUCUUGGGUCAUGGCUCUUGUUUUUAUUUGUGCCAGUUGCAUGACAAAGCUUAAAAUUAUUUCUAUUUUCAAACUAUUGUACCAAAGAAAUUUGUGUAUAGGUUUAAGAACCCACCUGCAGCUGUUCUUUGUUAGAGGCACAUUGCAUGGAAGCCAAAUAAACUUUGCCUAAAGCAGCCUCUUUUGGAUUUCACACUUCCGUAGUUAAGAUUAAUUUUUUUUAAAAAAAUGUAUAUCACCCUUCACCCAAAGAUCACAGGGCAGUUCGCAGCAUAAAAAUAGAAAUUGAAAACACAAAAUACAUAAUAAAAACAAAAACAAAAAACCAAUACCCCCCUUCUCACAAACACAUUUAAAAGAACAUUUUAGCUACAUUGAAUAAUAUGCAAAGUGAUUGCUUGCCAUCCUCUUAACACACCUAGUAGGCAAGCUGCUGUGCCCCCUUUUUAUGGGAGAGGUGGAAAGAGACUGAAAAUGAAUUUCCCAAGGCCAGCAAGUGACUGUUUGCCUUAGCAGAGGUAUUAGCACACACCCCUCUCCAAUUUAAGGCUCUUUUGACAGUAGCUGUUGCUGCAGAGCUUGGAGGUGAGGGAGCUUUUUGUGGCUGCUUCCAUCAUCUUUGCAGCUGUAGAGGCACAUGCAUCUGUAGUGUUUAUAUGGGCAACUCUCGCUUGGGUUAAAUACCCAUGUGCCUGGAGACCUAGGAAGCUUGCUGUUUUACAUACCUUGGCAAAACUUAAGUGGCCUCUUUGAAAGCAAGUUGGGUAGGUAACUUUAAUCUUGUGUUGCUAGGGUGGACUGUGUUGGAAUACUGAAACUGAGAAAUGCAGAUGUUGAAGCUCGAAUAGGCAUCGCUGGCUCCAAGAAAAAAAGCACUCGGGCCAGGCUAGUGUUCCGUGUUAACAUCACUCGGAAGGAUGGUUCCAUUCUGACCCUGCAGACGCCGUCCUCACCAAUUCUGUGCAGUAAGUUGUAAAGUCAAACUCUGAGUCCCAUCUUGCUGGGGCUUUGGGUCUCCUGUUAAUUCAGUUGCCCUGCAUUUCAUUUUCUGCUUUAAUAACAAAAUAGAACGAACAACCCAAAUAAACCAAAUAAAUUGCCUAGACCUUAGCUUUCAUGUGUGUCUGUGUUGCUAGGAGUCCUCAUGCUGCUUUAAAUGAAAUCACUUUUUCUGUGUAGGCUUAUAGCAUAUCUAAUUGGUUCCCUCAUUGAUCUAUUUUCAGUGUUAACCAAAACUUGGGUGUAGGGGAUCUGGCCUACAUCCAAAUUAACAGUGUGCCCUGUCAAUCCACCAAGCAGUGCACAUAGUUGAAAUAGGAGUGUGGCAUGUAUCAUAGGACUUUGGCAAAGGAAAAUUACUGUUUCUAGCCUGAGAUAGCCUGCUUCUGUGGUUUGAAUUAUUUGUUGCUGGCUUGAGGCUUAAAACUACAGUUGUGUUUAAAAUGCCAACUUUUUGCAUCUGGGCAAAAUGACUAACUUUUGUGUACUAGUGAUAUAAAGCUUAUUUGUAUUUGGAAACUUGCUGAAGACUGUAUGUACAUGUCCAGCCAAUUGUUAUGGACCUUGUUGUGAGACAAAUUUUAAAGGCCUCUAAGAUGUUGCAUAUGACAAUUGGUUGAUUUUUGAAACUCCUUGCACUAGCCCAUUUAUAAAAGAGAGAACUAGUGCUAUUUUACUUCAGUGUUACCUAGGGGGGAAAUGCUAUGAUGAACACAUUCUAGUAGACUACAGUCAUGUGCCAAUUCCUAGGAGAGUUGCGCUGUGCUUUUCUCUGAUGAAUUAAAGGAUGAGCAUGCUUUGCUACACCCAAGCAGAAUCGCUGUAAGUUCUGCUUUCCUAUAUGCCAUGCAAGCCAAAUGACCAGUUCCAGAUUGAGACCUUGGGAGAUGAUGCCAACUUUUUGCAUGUUGUCAGUUAAACCACUUAGAAGCCCAUUUUGGCAUUAAGUUGCAGGUGUGGGGGUGUAUAUAAUAAACAUCCCUUCUCUUUUUCAAUUUGUAGCUCAGCCAGCUGGUGUACCAGAGAUUCUAAAGAAAAGCCUGCACAGUUGUUCUGUGAAGGGAGAAGAGGAAGUCUUUUUAAUUGGCAAGAACUUUCUGAAGGGAACAAAAGUGAUCUUUCAAGAGAAUAUGUCUGGUGAGAACUAUACAUACAUACUCAGGCUGAGAAUGGAGGUGAGGGGUGGGGAGACCAUUGUGGAUGGAGUUGGGCUAACGACUGCCUCUGCAGGUAGCCAAGGAGGUAGGUGGUUCCUGUGACCAGCUUCCCUGAUAAUGAAUAAACUUAGCUGAGCUUGUGCAGUAAUUCUACUCUCUUUUGCUUUCAAACAGAUGAAAACUCUUGGAAAGGGGAAGCAGAAAUUGACAUGGAGCUGUUUCAUCAGGUACAUGCUUUUUAAAAAUGCACAGAAAUCCAGAUAUAAAAUCUUCCUUGUUCAUAGUUGGGAUACAGUUGUUCAUUUAUGCCUGAGGAAUUGCUAAAUAAUUUUUCCUCUUAUCAUAUAUUUGGAAGGGAGGAUUUAGAAAGCAUAUAUGAAGUUGAAAUACGAGUUCCAAGCACUUUAUGCCCAAGUUUAAAAAGGUAAAUUUGCUACAAAAGCUGCCUUCAUGUGGCUUAUUUUUUUGUCAAACAAUCAUAUGACCAACAAACUGGAUCAAUCUUCAUGGACAGAUAUUUUGACAUAAAUAGUAUCUGGCUGGGUCACCUUUUUGUGUGUGUACAAAUAGUUUGCACAAAGUUGUCAUUUAUUCUCUUAAUCCCUACUCCUUAAACCCGAGCUGCAAGACUGUGGUACAUUUCACAUUUUUUCACAACCUAAGCAGUCUCUCCUCUUUUGUGUAGUGGUAGCCAUUGCAGCCUUUAAGCAUAGAGAUUAUGUGAGUGAGCACUAUACUUGUUCUGUUUAUCGGGGCAAUUUCUUUCUUCAAUUCCCGCCUCUGCCCUGCUUGUGAGAUACAGAACAGCAAAGGUUCCUGUGCAAGCAGCAAUCAGUCAUUCCUCUUCUAGGUGUGCUGACCCUCAUUUUGGAAGUAGGAUGAUCAAAAAUUGGCUUUUGUGCAGCUGCUACCAUAAGGACUGCCAUAAAUAAUGGUUAACUCUCUUCUAGUCUUCUAAUGAUGGGAAUCCAAACCCAAAUCCAUUGUUGCACUAGGGUUAAAUAUGCAUUAAUUAUCUCUUCCUUCAAGAAAUCUUACUGUCACCAAAACAUUUUGAAUCCGUAAAGUUAGAAUCUUAAUAUCUUCUCUCCUUUUACAAUGCUACUUUAUGGAUUCAAAAUGAUUUGGUGAUGAUCAUUUCUUGAAUUAAUGGAGGAUAAGCCCAUCAAUGGGUACCACCUAUGAUGGGUGUUUACUUCUUUCACUAUCAGAGGCAGUAUGCCUCUUGACUACCAGUUGUUGGAGAAGCUGGUUGGUGAAAGUACUGUUUCUUUUAUUUAGUUAGAAAAUUUACAAAUUGCUUGAUCAAAGUUUUUUCCAGGUGGUAUACAAAUAAAAUUAUAUAUAAAGCAUGGUUAAUAUCCACAAACCAAUAAAAACAAAUAUACAUAAUACCAUCAUUAAUUAAAAACAAAGAUAAAAUUGUUGAAACUUUUUUUAAAAAAAAAUAGGUAACCAUAUAACAUGUUUUUUGUGCUCAUGCCCUGCUUCCCAUGGAGGCAUCUGAUUGGCCACUGUGAGAACAGGCUGCUGGACUAGUUGGGUCAAUGUCUGAUCCAGCAAGGUGGUGAUUAUGUUUUUAAGAAUCUAGGGUAAAUACAGUUGAGAGUGGAAAAAUAUCUAGAGCAACCUUUCUCAACCUUGGGUCCCCAGAUGUUGUUUGACUACAACUCCCAUCAUCCCUAGCUACCAGGACCAAACAGACCAAGUUACUAUUAUUAUUUUUUAAAUGAUAUUUAUUAAAAUUUCAAAAACAAAAAAUUACAUAGUUAAAGAGAGAAGAAACAAGGAAAAAUAUAUUAAAAAAGAGAAAAAAACAUACAAAAUACAAAGUACAGAAAAAUAAAUAAAAAAGAAACACUUAAAAACAAAUUAAUUCUUCCAUAUCUUACAUUUCAUUUCCUUGCUUCCCUGACCUCCUCUCACCUCCCUUUUUUGUAUUCCAGUUCAAUUGGUUAAUUCAGCAAUUCCUUUCCCUCUUUGUUUAUAUCUUAGUCCUUUAACUUAAUAUAUUAUAACUUUAGAUUCUCACCUAUUAACCAUCCAUUUUUACAUACACCUUUAUGACAUUGCUACUAGAACCACUUAAUUUCAUUCUAACAUCAUUCUAACAUUCAUUAAUUUUACAAUAUUUCUGUAAAUAGUCUUUAAAUUUCUUCCAAUCUUCUUCCACCGACUCUUCUCCCUGGUCUCGGAUUCUGCCAGUCAUUUCCGCCAAUUCCAUGUAGUCCAUCACCUUCAUCUGCCAUUCUUCCAGAGUGGGUAGAUCUUGUGUCUUCCAAUACUUUGCAAUAAGUAUUCUUGCUGCUGUUGUGGCAUACAUAAAGAAAGUUCUAUCCUUCUUUAACACCAAUUGGCCGACUAUGCCCAGUAGAAAGGCCUCUGGUUUCUUCAAGAAGGUAUAUUUAAAUACCUUUUUCAAUUCAUUAUAGAUCAUCUCCCAGAAAGUCUUAAUCCUUGGGCACGUCCACCAAAGGUGAAAGAAUGUACCUUCAGUUUCUUUACAUUUCCAACAUUUAUUAUCGGGCAAAUGAUAGAUUUUUGCAAGCUUGACUGGUGUCAUGUACCACCUGUAUAUCAUUUUCAUAAUAUUCUCUCUUAAGGCAUUGCAUGCCGUAAACUUCAUACCUGUGGUCCAUAACUGUUCCCAGUCAGCCAUCAUUAUGUUAUGUCCAACGUCUUGUGCCCAUUUAAUCAUAGCAGAUUUCACCGUUUCAUCCUGAGUAUUCCAUUUCAACAGCAAGUUAUACAUCUUUGACAAAGUCUUAGUUUUGGGUUCUAACAGUUCUGUUUCUAAUUUUGAUUUUUCCACCUGGAAGCCAAUUUUCUUGUCCGAAUUAUAUGCCUCCAUUAUCUGAUAAUAAUGAAGCCAAUCUCGCACUUUGUUUUUUAGUUUCUCAAAACUCUGCAGUUUCAAUCUGUCUCCCUCUUGUUCCAGAAUUUCCCAAUAUUUUGGCCAUUUGGCCUCCAUAUUGAGCUUUUUCAGUGCUUUCGCUUCCAUCGGUGACAACCACCUUGGGGUUUUAUUUUCCAAUAAAUCCUUAUAUCUUAUCCAGACAUUAAACAAUGCUUUCCUGACAAUAUGAUUCUUAAAUGCUUUAUGUGCUUUGACCUUGUCAUACCACAAAUAUGCAUGCCAUCCAAAUACAUUAUUGAAACCUUCUAAGUCCAAAAUGUCUGUGUUUUCAAGAAGCAGCCAUUCUUUCAGCCAGCAAAAAGCUGCUGAUUCAUAAUAAAGUUUAAGGUCUGGCAGGGCAAAUCCACCUCUUUCCUUUGCAUCCGUUAAUAUUUUAAAUUUUAUUCUGGGCUUCUUGCCCUGCCAGACAAAUCUAGAAAUAUCUCUCUGCCACUUCUUGAAGCAAUCCAUUUUGUCCAAAACUUGCAAUGUUUGAAACAAAAACAAAAUUCUAGGCAAUACAUUCAUUUUUAUCGCAGCCUAGCAGUGAAAGCUUCAAAUUUGACCAAAUUUCAAAAUCUUUUUUCACUUCAGCCCAACAUUUUUCAUAAUUGUCUUUAAAUAGAUUCCCAUUUUUAGCUGUCAUGUUAAUCCCCAGGUAUUUCACUUUCUUAACCACUGUUAAACCUGUCUCAUUCUGAAACCUCUCUCUCUCCAUCAUAGUUAAAUUUUUCUCUAAGACCUUUGUUUUUGACUUAUUCAGUUUAAAUCCUGCAACCUGACCAAAUUCUUGAAUCAGUUCCAAAACCCUUUUAGUACUAGAUUCUGGCUCCUGUAACGUCAAUACUAAGUCAUCUGCAAAUGCUCUCAACUUGUACUGUUUAGCUCCGACUUGUAUACCUUUAACCAACUGGUCCCUUCUAAUCAUAUUCAGCAGGACCUCCAGGACCGAUAUAAAAAGCAAUGGGGAGAUUGGGCAACCUUGUCGUAUCCCUUUUUCUAUCUUAAAUUCUUCCGUCACCACGUUAUUUACAAUUAAUUUAGCCUUUUGUUCUGAAUAAAUUGCACUUAUACCGUUUUCAAAACCUUGGCCUACCCCUAUCCCCUGUAGGUUCUUCUUCAUAAAACUCCAAGAAAUGUUGUCAAAAGCUUUCUCCGCGUCCACAAAUAUCAGAACUGCCUUAGUAUUUAUGUUCACUUGUAAUUUUUCUAAAAUAUUGAUUAUGUUUCUCACAUUAUCAGAUAGAUGUCUACCCGGGAGAAAGCCUGCUUGGUCUUUAUGUAUCUCUUCCACUAGCACUCUUUUUAGUCUUUUAGCCAAAAUGUCUGCAAAGAUUUUGUAAUCCACAUUGAGCAGUGAUAUGGGGCGGUAGUUCUUAAGCUGGGUCUUUUCAGUCUCUGUUUUCGGUACAAGUGUGAUAUACGCUUCUUUCCACGACUCUGGUGCCCUUUUCCCACCCAUUAUUUCAUUACAGACUUCUUUUAAAGGUUGCACUAGCCAUUCUUUUAAAGAUCUGUAAUAUCUAGAAGUCAGUCCAUCCGGUCCUGGAGAUUUACCUAGUUGCAUAUUCUGAAUGGCACCUUCUACCUCCUGUUCGGUUAUUUUAUAGUUCAACAUUAAUUUAUUUUCUUGAGAGAUUUUUUUGUAAUCCAUUUGUUUUCAAAAAUCGGUCUACGUCAAUUUCUUUCUGUGGCCCUUGUGUAUAUAGUUGUUUAAAGUACCUCUGGAAACAGUUUCUAAUCUCAGCUGGGUUCUGUAUAUUCCUUCCUUCCACUUCUAAAUUUGUAACAGUAUUUAAUUUUUGUCUUUUUUUCAUUUGCCAAGCCAACAAUUUCCCACAUUUAUUAGCCGACUCAAAUGUCUUUUGUCUCAUUUGUUUAAUUUUCCAUUCUAUCUCCUGAUUCAUCAUUUUCAUAUAUUGUACUUGAUAUAACUUUAUUUCUCUCAAUAUCUCUUGCGACUUUGGUUUUGCUCUCAAUUUCUUUUCACUUUCCUUUAUUUUCUCCAAUAUUUUAUCCUUCUUCUUAUUUUGGGUUCUCUUCUUUAAUGCAUUCUGUUGUAUCAAGAACCCUCUCAUAACAGCUUUGCUUGCGUCCCAGAUUACUCUUUUUUCAACAUUGGUGUUCAUAUUUAUCUCAAAAUAAUCUCUCAAGGUUUUUUGGGCCUUAAUCACUUCUUCAUCUCUAAAUAAGGUGUCAUUCAUCCUCCAUCUGAAGGAACCGGUUGGUGUUAGUUUCAUUUCCAUCUUAACAGCAUUAUGGUUGGAGCAGGUUUUUGGGCAGAUUUCCACUUUUCUUGUCUUUGGUGCCAUUCCUCUAGUUACCCAUAUUUGGUCAAUUCUUGUCCAUGUCAGUUUGGCUUCAGAGAAGAAGGUUCCCUCUCUAGCCAAGGGAUUCUUUGUUCUCCAAAUAUCAACUAAGUCCAAGUUGUCUGUCAUCUCAAAAAAGGUUUUCGGUAGUCUACCAUCCUUAGUGACUACCUGUCUUUGUGCCUUGUCCAUAUGUGUAGAUACCACUCCGUUCAUAUCUCCCAUCAAAAUCACAUUAUAAUCCAAAUAGUCCAUCAAGGUCUCAUGCAACUUUUUAAAGAAUUCAGAUUUCCCCUCAUUUGGUGCAUAAACUCCUACUAUUAAAAAUUUCUCUCCUUGUAUUUGAAUUUCAACUGCCACAAAUCUUCCUUGGUCAUCUUUGAAGAUAAAUUUUGGUAAUAGUCUCUCCUUUGCAUAAAUCACUACUCCUCUUUUUUUAACUUUAUCCGAAGAGAUAAAUUCCUGGCCCAGUCUUUUAUUGAUCAAUACUUUCCUGUGUAGCCUUGUUACAUGUGUUUCCUGUAAACAAAUCAAGUCCUAUUGUUCCUUUUUUAGUAGAUGAAACACAGAUUUCCUUUUCUGAGGGGAGUUCAGACCAUUACAAUUCCAGCUUAGUAGUUGCAGAGCCAUGAUGUAGUUACUUUACUUCUCCUCCAACUGCACCAAGUGCUUGUUCCUGUUCUGUAGGUGGCAUCACCUUCUCCAGGCGGUCUCUUAAUUCAAAAGGUAGUUUUGGUAUGUCUAAAAUUCCUCUUUCUAGUAUUCCUGGCUCUUCUCCAGCUUCUUUCUGGAGGUCUUCACCGUGGUCUCUCAAAAAUCUUACUUUGUCGUCCUCUGAUCUUAUUUUUAUCUUUCUUCCUUUGAAGCCUUGGGGGAAUUCCCACCUAAAGAUGAUUUUGUUAUUUCUCAGCAGGGCAACCAAAUCUCUAUAAUUGGACCUAAGGUCCAAAAGAUAUUUCGGAAUGUCCUUAAAUAUCUCCACUUUUGACUGGUGUAUUUCCAAAGUCUUCUGGAAGUGCAGACUCAAGAUUUUGUCUCUCUCCUCUUUUGUUCAGAGGGUGAUCAAACAGUCUCUCACCCUGUUCUUCUUCCCUCCUCUUCCAAGCCUGAAAGCACUCACUAUCUUGAAGUUAUCCUUCUCCAAAUCUGGGUUCCAAAAGUCUGCAAAUUCCUGCAUAAGAAAAUCAAUCAAGUUGUCUUUCUCAAGUUCAGGUACAGCCCUGAUCCUUAAAUUCGUUUGCUUCUCCUUCAAUUCAAUCAUAGACAAUAUUGACCUAUGCUCUUCAAGUUGCUUGUGUAUCGGUGGUAACUUCUCUUCUACAGUAGAAGACUACAGCAACUGCUGUUUCCUUUGCUUCUUCAGCUGUCUUUCGGGUCGAAGUAGAUUCCUGUAGCAAUUUCUCAAUAGUUUCUGUGUUGGUAUUUACCUUCUGUCCCAAAUUGUUAAUGCUUGUGGUAUUUUGAUCAAUUUUAUUUGAUGCUUCAGCUACUUGUUUAUUUAAUUUUUCCAAAGAUUCAUUAAUUUUACCUAGUGCCUGAGCUAAAACAUCUUCGGCUGCCAUUCCUUUGGGUUUAGAUUGUACCAAUGCAGCUCCUGUUGGUAAACCAGGAGGGCCAGAUGUUGAUGCUCUUCGCUGCAGCCCAACGUCUGUGCGGAACAUUCUACCAGACCUCGUUGCUUUUUCCUGAAGCAAAUCUAUUUUCUCUUUUCCAUUUGCCAUAACAGUCUAGAUAAUACCCAAGGUCAGUCUCACGAUCAGAGUUUGUUAUGAAGUGGAAAAUCCCCUGGCCCAGUUGUUAUUGUAACAAUCUCAAACUUCCUCUAGGGGGACACAGUAACAGGCAACAGUUGUUACCUUAAAAUAAAUAACCUUUUUCUUUUAAUCCCCCAGCUCACAAAAUAGAUGACAGUUUUAAUUUCAGUUAUUUUCCAGUUACUUUAAAACCAGGGGAAGCCAGCCAGAGAUAUUGUAUCUCACUUGUAUCACACUUGCGGAGUUAGCUGUCAAAAAGUACUUUCACCAACAGCGCAUUUCACAGUACAGCAUUCUAUUUUUCAUUGGCAGUCCGUUCCCAGGUUUUAAGCGGUGGAUUUUUAGCUUCCUUUUCUCUCUUUUUACAGGAAAAUACAGUUCAGACCUUUCCCCCCUCCUCUCCUGCAGUCAAGGGGGGAAAUCGCUUGUUUUAGAUUAUAGAAUUAUAGUCUUUUUCAAGCGUCUUUCAAGGUUUUAGCUUACAAGUUCAUUGCUUUCCUCUAUUUACAAAGAACGGAAGGCAGACUUCCUGUUUAUGCCUCUCCGCUUCGGUAUCCAAUUACUUCUUUUUUUCUCUCCUUUAUUUCCCCAAUUAACCUACUCACGGAUCGUUGUUUUGUAGCCAAAUUGUCACAGGAAAAAGGUAGCGCUCUCCGGUAAUGGCUGUGCGGCUUCGCUCCACGGAAGAAGCAGUUGACUCACAGCACCGUGCCGCUUCCCCGCUUCACUCCGGAACCCGUAAUCGGGCUCCUUUGCAAGUUGGGGGGGGGCGCAAAAGGUGCCCGCCGAGUCCCACGGUCACAGGCUUCACCCGCCUGUGAUUUUUGAAGGGUCCCCGCUUCACGGUAGCGGUACAGACCUGAUUCCCGCAGAGCCGGUCCCCUCCGAGUCAGAGGGAAUCCGCCAUUACCGAUGGCGCCACCCCGGAAGAGACAGACCAAGUUACUAUUAAUUAUUUCUAUAAGAUUCUGUGAUGAUAAAGUACCCAAAUAAAGAUAUCAUUACUUUUCUAUUUUGCAUAUAUGUCAUAUGCUAUUUACUACUUAAAAACAUAAUAUUUCUGUUUUCCCAAUAUUUCUGGCUAUGAUUUAAUUUUAUAACCUGCUGUUAUCAUGGAUCAUAAAUUGAGCUUCGGUUUUUGUUGGGUGAGGAAAUUAUUUCAGAUUUAGUCACAAAUAAUGCAGAUAAACUGCUGGGUAUUAUGUCUGCCUCCCCAUCCCCAGCAAAGUUAUCUAUAGAAUUUCAUAUCACAAUAUGUGGUAAUGGCUGUCAACUUUGACAGCUUUAAAAGGAGGCUAGACAGAUUAAUGGAGAAUAAGGUUAUUUGUGGCUACAUACUACCUCUGGUCUGCUUCUGAAUACUACUAGUUGCUGCAGAACCUCAAAAUCACCUCUCUGUAGUUAUUUCAUUGCUGCCACUGCACAACCUAAGUCCCUGACUGGCAUUUUGGUGGAUGAGCAGUGGAAGCUAUAGCAAAGCAAAACAAGGAAACAGUGACUUGCUGUUUAUGUGCAGGUUUUCUGAAAUUAAAAAGAUUGUAAUAGCAGAGAUAGGAAGAUUAUGUUGAGUAAAGACUUUUCUCCUGUGUGCUCUCGCUGCUGAUAGGUAUGUUCAAGAGAUUCAGCUUUACAAUUUGUAGCUGGGUAGAUUUCCCAGCAGAUCCUUGGUACCUCCAAUGCAAUCUUUACUUCUUAUGAUUAGGUCUUGUAGUGUUAGUCUGUGAAGAUAUAAGUUGGUAAGGUGUCUGCUCUAACAAACUUCUUUUUUUUGGAUUUAGAAUCAUCUAAUUGUGAAGGUGCCGCCAUAUCACGACCAGCAAAUAACUGCCCCGGUUUCUGUGGGGAUCUAUGUGGUGACCAAUGCUGGAAGAUCACAUGACAUACAGCCAUUUACUUACACUCCUGAUACAUGUAUGUUGAAAAUGAUGAAGCUGUAGAGAUGGCCCUUGGCAAAUAUUUCUGCACCGUUUUUCUUGUAUUUAAUUGUUAUAUCUUUGGAAGAGGCUGAGGAAGAAAGCAAGACUGUUGGGUGGGCAACACCUCUUGCACUACUUGACCUGAUAGCUGCACACCAGGGACUUGCUCUCAUUCUUUGAAGAGAGCCUGUCUCGCUGAAGCUUGAAGGGUUUAUGGGAGGAAGAUGAGUUUGGGGCUACACCGUAUUACAAAGAUCUGAGUUAAGGUCUCCCCCACCACUGCGCACAUGAAAAUAGAGAUAAACUUUUAAAAUGUACCUUUCACCUUACGGGGGAACACUUUGCUUUACAUCUGUUCUGAAAGUCAGCAGUGUCUUUUGCCUUUGCAGCUGGUACUCUGAAUGUGAACGUGAAGCAGGAAAUACCCAGUCCAACCCAGCCUUGCUCUUUUGAUGAUGCUAUCAAAGGUAUCUAAUUCUUAGCAGUGGUAUUAAUCUCUUUGAGUUCUAACUUACACCAAUUUUCUGCAGACCUUUCAGAAAGAUUUUCGUAAGAGCUUUAUUGUGAUCACAAAUUAAGAGUGUAGUCCUUUGCAUGUCAACUCAGAAGUAAAUCGCUUUGAGCUCAGUGGGGCUUACUCUUAAGUAAGUGUGCAUAUGAUUGCAGCCUAAGACUCCUGGUCGCAGAGACAGUGGUAUAUGCUGGGGCUUUAAUCUUGCAAUUACUCUAGUGUUGCUGUUUCUAAUACAUAUUAAUUCCACAAGUGGUUAAAAGUCCUGACUACACAUGAAGUUAGUGCAGAUAACUUGCUAAACUGUUUCAUGAAAAUGUUGACAUAAGAGUUGUAUUGCUAGUGCAAAGCUCACCACUCAAAUAAAAAUAGAGAAUAAAUUAUUCAUAGUACUUGCUUUGCAGUUGUCUUUACUACUCUGUGUGUACUAUAGUGGCAGGCCCUGUUGGUUUGUGUGCUCUUACUAAGUGAAUUGUUUGCUGAAGCUAAUUAAGUUUCAGAAGCUGCUCAAGAGCAUGUGUUUUUGAAGCAAAGCAGCAUAAAUAGUAAGGUCAUGAGUUUGUCAGGCUUCCAGGGCUGCAGCUGGAAAAGAUUCAGCAUAGCUGUUCUGGAAUGUUUCCAACUCACUAGGAACAGGAGAUGUUCUCAUACAUUCACUGAUUAUUUGUCGAUUUAGCUCAGCAGUUUCUACACUGAUUGGCAGCAGUUCUUCAGAGUCACAGACGGGAUUCUUUCCCAGUCCUACCUAGAGAUGGUGGGGAUUAGACCUGGGACCUUCUGCAUGCAGAGCAGCUACCAUUGAAUUUAUGACACUUCUCCCAUCUUGGCUUCAAUUUUGCAUUUGAGUGUUUCCCAUUCGGCUUGUUGUAUGUGUAGGGCAUAUUCGUUCUUUCCCCAGAACUAAUUUAUGUAUUGACCAGUAUAAUUGUGUGACUUGGCCUACAUGAAGUGUGUGAUGAUAAAUAUGGCAGUGUUGUACUUAGUUUGUUCUUCAUUAUGCUUUGAGUCAAAUAUUUCACCCACUUUUCUGUGUGCAGGAUUAUGUUUUUGAUCCCAAUUCAUCCCUUCUCCUUUCCUUGUAUCAGCCUGGAAUUCUUGCAGUUAAUUACAUAUGCUUCAUCAGUCACAGUGAAAUGCUGAUGCCAUUUGGCUCAGACAACUGGUGCUCAUCACUUGCAGGCUUGUACAAGUUGUUUGUUGGAUUAUUUCCAUAGAAAACUAUUCUUCAGCUGAUAAAAGACACUUGCAAAUUACUGCUAUUUCCUUCAUGCCCUUAUUUUACUACUUUCACCUUUACUUAAAACCCUUAAUAUAAGCAAGAAGUUGAACAUUUGAUGUGUUCUGGCAAAAGCUGAUGCAAUUUGAAAGAACAGAUUGGGGAAACUUGGUGGCUUGCAAAUGGAUGGACAUCAGAGAUCAGGGUGAUUUUUCCUGUAAUAACAACUUUAUGGCUCUUCAGAAGAUGAGCUGUCGCUCAGUGGUAGACCAUCUGAUUUGUAUAAAGAAGGUCCCAGUUUCAAUCCUUGUCACCUCUAGGUAGCGCUUGGAAAGUUUACUGUCUGAAAUCCUGGAAAACCAUUAGUAAAGCUAAAGUACUGUAGAUGGACUAAUGGUCUCACUCUGUAUAAGGCAACUUCCUAGAUCCCUGUUUGGUAAGGAGAGCUGAAAGCAUCAAGAUUACUCUUUCCAUCAAAUUACUCACAAAACAAUCUUGUAGCAUCUUAAAGAUGAACACACUUACUGUGGAAUAAUGGGCUUGAGAUCACUUUGUCAAAUGUGAGUUGCCACAUGGCCUUGUAUUUGUUGUAGCAUACUAGUAUAGUCCUUGCCAUAUAGGGACUUAUUUUACCAGAUGUAUUACCCUCUCUGUGGCAGUGCUAUGUAUUCAGAUGCUUGUUGCUGUUUACAACCUAAUUUCUGGAGAGUGGAGGGGUAGCCCUAGCAACCAGUCCUCUUAUUCUCAGCCCCUGUGGCUAUCCUUCAGGAAACCAGUAAGACUGUGUUUGUUCUCUGCUGCAGUGAACACCAGUGGCUGUAACCUGGACAAGGUAAAUAUUCUUCCCAGUGCCUUGAUAACGCCACUCAGGCCAAACUGUGUGAUCAAGAGUGAAGAGGCUGCUCCCAUGGCACUUACAGCUGAAAAAAGGGCUCCUCCAGUCUUUAAGGUAAGUGGUGGCAUAGAGAGCUGGUGAUUUGGGGGGGGGUUCUGCAAAACUUUUAUUUGACAAAACUUUUAUUAAAAGAUCAACUCUACCCCUCAAGUUAAUGAUCUUUCAGACACGAGCUUUCCUCUUCCCACUGCUCUCUGAGCCCAAGAGUGUCUGGAUUAUCAUUUUGCUAAAUGCAUACCAUGCUGAGUGCUGAAUGGUUGGUAAAACAGCAUCCACCACAGCCUUCUUUUGCAGCCUAACUUGUUGCAGCUGAAACAAGAUGUGGUGUGGGUCUUCCAUUGAGUGCUUUACUUUGAUGUUGAACCAGUCAAUUUCACCCUUUCUGACAAAGAUAAUCAGAUUCCUGAUUCAGGGAUUUGAUAUCUUUUUCUUGGGCUCUCUUGAUUUUAUUGUGAUCAACUACAAAUCUGUGGUGAGCUGUGGUGAGCUGGUCAACAGCAUAUCUAAUGCCCUGCAUAGCAAAAUUAUUUAUUUCUAAUAUGUUGUACUCUGUCUUUUUAUUCAAAGUGGAAGGUAUACUUGAUUUUUCUAUUGCCAGUUCAUAACUUCCAUCAUUUCCACCUUGGCUAUUAUUCAUUUCUAUCAGCCAAAAAAAUUAUUUCAUUUGAUGGUACUGAAGCAUCCUGCUUACUUCUCUGCUUAUAUUUAGUAAGCCGCCUUCUUGCUGCUUGUGCUUUUUUAAUUGUCCAUUAUGCGGGGUCAUAUAUAACUGCAAGUACUUGGCAAUCAUUUUUUAUGAUAUUCAAUUUUACACACAUUUUUACAUAUUUUUUAUAAGAAGCUAAAAAUUAUAGGAAGUUGUACAAAAACAAAAGGUCAAUAUUUUAUGUAGUUAGUUGCCAAGUAAAACUAAAUCAUAUUAAUUUAAUCAAAAUAUCUUUUGAAUUUCCAAGUCAUUUUACAACUUUUUAGCACCCCUCAUUUUUGGAAUUUGUAAGUUGAAAAAUUCAACAUGCCUUAAUGGGAUAGGGAUCCAAUGUUGCAGUUGGUGUGGUUUAAAUGUUAAACAGUUUUCAGAGUGUUGUUUCAUUGAGGCACCAUGCAAGCUUAUGAUUGUUCUGUCUUAUUACUGUGUGCUUUCCCCCUCAGGCAACAAGUGUAGUUGGACCACCCCAAGCCACAUUGGAAACCAACAUGUCCAGUAUAUUGGGCAAUGGCACUUUCUCCUCUUCUGCUUCUCACUUAGCACCAGAGAGUGAAAAUCAGCAGCUGCAGCCAAAGGUAUAUACUCCAGAGGCAAUGCCCUCCCUCCAGGCACAGGACCUUGCCCAGCCUGGCAGCUUCCCUGCAGGUUCUGGUCCCAAUCAGCUGCAAAACAGUGACACCUUGUUGCAGCAGGCAUCCCAGUUCCCCACCAGGGAGUCCCAGCCGAGAGAGGUGUUGCAGCCAGACAGUGCAGUCAUGACUUUGUCUCAGUUGACAGAGGUGUCCCAGCAGCAGUCACCACUCCGGGAAUCGGCACAAGUGUUGCAGCAGCAGAUGUCGUCAAACCUUUUCUCAUCGGCCAGCAGUGUGAGUCAGCUGCAGAACACAAUUCAACAACUGCAAGCAGGGAACUUUCAGUCUAGCACUGCCAGCAGCAACCAUGGAAGUGUAGAUUUGGUCCAGCAGGUCCUGGAAGCCCAGCAGCAGCUGUCCUCUGUCUUGUUCUCUGGGUCUGACAAUGAGGAUGUCCAAGAGCAAAUCAAUGUAGAGAUUUUUCAGCAAGUUAGCCAGAUCCAAAAUGGAGUCAGCCAAGGGAUGUUUUCCUCCUCUGACACUGUCCAUUCAAGGGCUGAGGACCUUCUCUCUGGGAGAAGUGAGAAUGUCCAUCCACAACCUGAAAGUUCUUUGUCCAGCCAGCAGCAGCAACAGCAACAGCAGCAACAACAGCAAGCAAUGGAGACUUCUGCAGCUAUGGUGAUUGAGAUUCAGCAAGGCCUCUGCCAGGCAGCAAGUCAGAUGCAGUCUGACAUGUUCUCAACCUCCUCUUCGGGAAAUAGAAACAUGCAGCAGUCCCCAGUGUACCAACAAACUUCUCACCUGAUGGGUGCACUGACAACAAAUGAAGACAUACAGAUGCAGUGUGAGCUAUUCUCACCCACCAGUGUUUCUGGUAAUGAAGCUGGUACGCCAUCGCAGCAGCAGCAACAGCAGCAGCAGGUGGUGCCUGCCAACGGCCCUUCCAUGUUUCAGUCUUCUGGCUCUGCCGAAGGUGAAGAAGCUCCAGGUCAGACCAAACAGAUGCAGAACAAUGUAUUUCAAGCUAUGGUUCAAAUGCAGCACAGCGGGGAGAACCAGGCGCAGGUCAGCCUCUUCUCCUCCUCAGAAAGCAUGAUGGCCGUUCAGGACAACGGAACACAGCAGCAACAGCAGCAAACCGGGAGCCUCUUUCAGCAGAGUGGGGAGUUGAUGUCUCUCCAGUCUGGAAGCUUCUUGCAGCAGGCUCCCCAUUCACAGGCUCAGCUUUUUCACUCACAGAGCCCUAUUGGGGAUGCUCAGAACAUCUCGCAGGAGACCCAAAGUGCUCUCUUCCACAGCCAGAGCUCUGCCUCUUCCUCAGAGCAGCUGCAGCCUCCAAUGUUCCACUCCCAGAGUCCCAUGGGUGUGGUUCAGGACCAGCAGGCAAGCAACCUAUUCCUUCCCCAGAGCUCAGUUGCACAGGAGGAACAGAUGCCCUUCUUUGCCACACAGAAUUCCAUUUCUCCACUGCAGACAUCUGCCAAUGCUGAGCAGCAGUCGACAUUCCAGCAGCAGCAGGCUCAGCUCUCACACCUCCAGAGCCCUAUGCUUGCCCAAGAGCAGUCCCAGCAACAGCAGCAGAGCAUGUUCCAAUCACAGGUGCCCCAAAACCAGCAAGGAGCCAUGUUCCAACCACAGCAUUCUAUGGUGGCUCUUCAGAACAGCACACCCUCCCAAGAGCAGCAGCAGCAGAAUUUGAGGUUCAGCAAUCAGAAUUCCAUGGGUCCUAUGACAUCUCAGAAGCAGAACAUGAUGUACAACCCAAACCCUAACCCAAUGGCCAGCCAGGAGCAGCAGCAGCAGCAGCAGCAACAACAACAACAACAAAGCCAGUCUCUCUUCCACCCACAAAGCAGCAUGGCACCAAUGAAUCAGGAUCAGCAACCCAUGCAGUUUCAGAACCAGAGCCCAGGGUCUAAUCAAGCUGAGUCACAGCAGCAGCCUGCCUUAUUCCACAACUCACCCCAGAUCCAGCUAGUCCAAGGAUCCUCCAGCUCUCAGGAGCAACCUGUCACCCUCUUCAUAUCAUCGACUUCCAUGUCUGCCUUGCAAAACAGCAUGAACCAGCAAGAGUUGCAGCAGCCCCCCCUCUACUCUUCACCAAACAAUAUGGCUGGCAUCCAGGGAGCUUCUUCACCCCCGCAGCAGCAGCAGCAGCAGCAGCAGCAGCAGCAACAGGCUGCUUUGUUCCAUAACACACCUGGAAGUGGUUCCAUGAACCAGCUGCAGAACUCCUCCGCUUCAUCUCGGCAGACCUCUGGAAUAUUCCUGUUUGGCAUCCAAGAUAGUAAGUACAGAGUAUCCAGAAUUGUCAUUGGCUAAAUUUUAGUGCUUUCUUCCCUUUGUGAAGCUUGUGUUGGAGGCCACAUCUGUGCAGCUGUGAAAAACUAUCUAAAAUUGUGUUGAAUUAUGACUUUCUGUGUAAAGCCCAUAUAAUCUGGGAACACACUACAGUGUUAACAGCAAUUUUGACAUAGACUGCUUACAGUCUAAAGCAAGGAUGGGGAACUUGUGGUCCUCCAGAUGGAGUUGGACUCCAACUCCCCCCAUCAGGCCCAGCCAGUAUAAAAGUCGGUGAUCAGUCCAUUCUAAGUGUAUAAAUGUGUACAAAAGCAUCCAAAUUCAAUUUGUUCACUCAGUGGCAUUUAUGUAGCAUUUUCCCAGAAGUAGAGAUUCUGUAACUGUGGCAGAGCUGCUGUAAACCUAUCUGCAUGCUUUCAGAGCAUAGCACAGCACAUAAUAUGGUGGGGGAAAGCUCUCUAGCUAUGCAGUAGAUUUUAUAUAUAGACAAAGAAGAAUGAGCCAAAGGGCCUGUUAACUUCAUAUGAGAUGCUUUGUGCAUCUGUCGGUGUCUGACUUCUUUCUACUGGUUUCUUGGGAUACCAGCACCCUGAUCCUAAAUGCCUUAGGGGAAAAUGCUCUGUGGGGACACUCUAGAUGUUUAUGAGGCCAGUACAAUGUGAAAUGCAAUAGGCUUCCUUUCACUGCUCAAGAAAUUUGCAUGGUGCUCUGAAUGAAUCUUGUCUUUCUCAACAGACUGUGGCCAGCUCUUAACAUCUGGACCCACUUCAAUGUCAGAUCAGAUGAUCACAAUAAGCCAGCCACAGGGUGAAGCACAGUCAUCAGUCACAACUCUACUAUCCCAGCAGAUGUCUGAAAGCCCCCAGCUGUCUUCUGCUAUGACCACCAAUCAGAAUAUGAAGAAGAUUGAUGACCUACUAGUGUCUCUACAAAACCAGGGGAACAACAACAUGGCUGGCUCCUUCUAA